CGGCGGGGGGGGGGGGGGGCGCUUCUGGUCUUCGUCCUCGUCCCGGUCCCAGUCCUCGUCGCCGCUCUCUUUUCCCGACUUUUCCGGAUCGUUUUCCAGCCUUCGUGUCGCCGUCGAAGUUGAAAUUGAAAUUGGGCGCGCCGGCAACUUUUCUUUUUGUUUUUUUAGUUUUUUGAUUUUUUUUUUUUGUUUUUGGAGGGGGGGGGGGGCAAUCGCCUCGGCGUGUCGUUUUUCGGCCACCCCCGGAGGGUCCCUGGCACUGAGUGGCAUGAGGAAGCUUCAUCCAAAGUGGACGAGGAUUAUGUUUUUGCUCUGAGGAGGUGGUGGGGGGGAAAAACGUCACGGGCAGAGUCGCCCCGGAACUCGUCGGCAUGUAGCGGGGACUCGGGAAUACGACGGCAGGCAGGAUGACUUUUGGCCACAUCGGCGCACCAAACGUUGUUGAGAGCCUCUUCUUGGUCCUUCUUGGUCCGUGUGCUUCCCUCUCGGGUCAGGUGUGCGCUGUUUUCCAACUCGGAGGAGAGAGGAAUCUGGGCCGCCGUCCAAGCUGACGAUCUUCGCACCCGUCCACCUGUCCUCAUCCGUCGGGAAUGGGCCAGCAUCUGGCCACGGAGCAUCUGGACUGCAGGCGCCGGUGCGGCCGGCGCGGCCCGAGAGCCGGGGGGGCCGCGGCCCGCCCCCGCCCCCUGUAGCCCUCGCUCCCUUUUCUCGCCUUCUCUUCCUUCGUCGUGACUCUUGAACUCGCGAUGCCCUUCCGGCUGAAGCUGCGGCGCACGCGGCGCUACAACGUCCUGAGCAAGAACUACUUUGUGACGCGGAUUCGGCUGCUGGACAACAACGUGAUCGAGUGCACGCUGUCGGUGGAGAGCACCGGCCAGGAGUGCCUGGAAGCUGUGGCGCAGCGGCUGGAACUACGUGAGACCCCUUACUUCGGCCUGUGGUUCCAAGGGAAGACCCAGGCUCCGGCGCAGCGUUGGGUGGAGUUGGAGAAGCCGCUCAAGAAGCAGCUGGACAAGUUCGGCAAUGAGCCGCUGCUCUUCUUCGGGGUCAUGUUCUACGUGCCCAGCGUGUCCCGCUUGGAGCAGGAAGCCACCAGGUAUCAGUAUUACCUUCAGGUGAAGAAGGAACUGCUGGACGGGCGUCUCCACUGCACGGUGGAGCAGGGCAUCAGACUAGCCGGCCUAGCAGUGCAAGCCGACUUCGGGGACUUCACCCAGUUCAUGUCUCAGGACUUCCUCAGGGAGUACGUGCUCUUUCCAGUGAACUGGCCGAAUGGAGACGAAGUGCUGGAGGAGUGGACUCAGAAGGUUGCAGAAGAGCACAAGAGCCACUGCCGGAUGCCGGCGGCCGAAGCGGAGCUGCUGUACAUCAAGGAGAUCGAGAAGCUGGACGGCUUCGGCCAGGAGAGUUUCGCCGCGAAGGACAACUACACCAACGACAUUUUCAUCGGCAUGUCUUUCAUCGGCGUCUUCGUCAAGCACAGGAACGGAAGGUCCAUCAUGCUCCACAGGUGGAAGGACAUCGGCACCAUAGCGCACAACAAGUCGGCCAUCACGGUGGAGAUCACCAGUCGGGACGACACCGUCAUCUUUCACAUGGAGGACAUGGAAAUGGCCAAGUACAUCGCUCGUCUGUUCACGGCCAGGCACAAGUUCUACAAACAGAACAAGAUUUGCGCAGAGCCGACCCACUCGCCUGCGCCAAUCAGGAGGCGGCCAACCUGGACGCACCGCCUCUCUCUGCCCCGGCCGCAGUCCUGUAACUUCCAGACGAUGCAUUCCCAGUACGGAGAACAUUUCCAAGACACAAAAAGCUCUCAAGACAGCAUCUUCCACGACGACCCCUACUACAAGUCCGAGAGCAGCCUGGACCACUGCCACGUGGACUUCCCCUUCCGCAACGGGACGCUGCCCAACGGAAGCGUGUACAGCAGCCCCAGCCUGAGCUCCCUCAACCGCUCGCAGACGUUCGUGGCGCCGUCGCCGAUGUCGUCCAACCUCAGCAUCCCGGGCAGCGAGCUGAUGCGGCCCGACUACAUCCCCAGCCACCGGCACAGCGCCAUCAUCGCGCCGUCCUACAGGCCCACGCCCGAGUACGACGCCGUGAUGCGGCAGAAGCGGCGCGUGCUGCACGCGCACCACGACCUCCACAGCCAAUCGCUGCGCAGUCUGAACAUCAGCAACGCCUGCGCUUAUCGCCAGCCGGAGGCGCUGGUCUACAGCCAGCCCGAGAUGAGGGAGAGGGGCCCCUACCACGGCCUGGGACCCGGCCCGGGACCCUACGCGCAGAUCAGCUACAGUAAGCCGGUGUCUCACGGCCCCCAUCAGGGAGGACCGGCCAGCAGUCAGGGUCCUUGUCAUUCGCCCUGCGUCAACGGCAACGGCGGCGUGGGAAGCUCCAUCUCUCACACGGUCAGCACGCCCGAGCUGGCCAACACCAAACAGCAAGGGGGCGCCGCCGGCGCCUACGGCGCCGCCGCUCAGGUGGUGAGGAGCCACGUCUCGCGACCGCCCCCGCCGUACCCCUCCGCGGCCUUCCGGCCCGCCACCAGCACGCCGGACCUGGCGAGCCACCGCCUGCGCUGCGUCGGCGGCAGCAGCCCGGAGCUGGUCACCCGCAUGGUGCAGCUGUCCGUCAAGACCUUCCAGCCGGACAGCUCGGCGGUGGUGCGCCAGUCCCUGCAAGAGGUCAGCGAGCCGCUCACCGCCAACGCGGCGAAGCGCCGCUCCGCCCUGGGCAAGAGGCACAGCGUGGAAGUCAUCACCGGCAUGAGAGGCGGCGCCGGCGCCGUGGAGGGCCCGGUCAUGAAGGCCAUCAACGCUCCCCUUCAUCGAAGGAAUACUCUCCGGGAGCACGUGAUGCCCCCGCAGCCCGCGCCCCAAGCGCCUCAUCAGCCGCCGCUAUCCAAAGACUCGCCCGUCCCGACUCCCCCGCAAAUGGAAGCGGCGGCGGCGGCGGCACCCUCCGGGCCCGCCGUGGCCUAUCAGCAUCAAAAGACUCUCUCCAACGCUACCAUGCUCAUCCACAGCAGCGAGAGCGAGGAGGAGGAGGAGGAGGAGGAGGAGGAGGAGGAGGAAGAGGAAGAGGAGGAGGAGGAGGAGGAGGAGGAGGAGGAAGAAGAGGAAAGGGCCGAGCUGGAGGUCCAAAUCCCGGGCCUCAACGAGGACGUCCGCAUCAGCGCCCAGUUGCAGGCCGCGCUGGCCAAGCUCCCCAACAAGCCCCCCCCGGAGUACCCGGGCCCCCCGAGGGCCCCCGCCGACGUUUCCCUUCACAACCACACGCGCCACCGCGACCGCAAUCCGGCACCGCCGGGCCGGGCCCGGAGCCCUGAGGACGGCGAGCCCGGCGGCGGGGGUAGCGGGACUCUGGCGCGAGGGGACCAGGGCGGCGUCAACGGCAACAUCUUGGGUCCGUCCAUCUCGGAACCGGACCUGACCAGCGUGAAGGAGAGGAUGAGGAAGGAGCCGGUCAAGGAGCGGCCCGUGUCGGAGAUGUUCUCCUUGGAGGACAGCAUCGUGGAGAGGGAGAUCGCGCAGAGGACGCUGGAGAGGCAGAAGAUGUCGGUGGACUCCGCCAAGAGGCCGCUGAUGAUGGCCCCCCUCAACGGACUCUACGCGGCCCGCGUGCCCGUCCCCGAGUGUCCGGCGGAGGCCGCCACCGACGAGCGGUGCAAGACGUUGGAGCUGAAGCUGGAGGAGGAGCACAUCUUCAGCGAGUACGAGCAGGUGCCCAAAAAGAGGGCGGACGGCGCCCUCACCACGGCCACGCUGCCCGAGAACGCCGAGCGCAACCGCUUCCGCGACGUGGUCCCGUACGAGGAGAACCGGGUGGAGCUGGUGCCCAACAAGGAGAACAACACCGGCUACAUCAACGCGUCCCACAUCAAGGUGACCAUCCGAGGGGAGGAGUGGCACUACAUCGGCACCCAGGGCCCGCUGGCCGGCACCAGCGCCGAUUUCUGGCAGAUGGUGUGGGAGCAGGGCGUCAACGUCAUCGCCAUGGUUACGGCCGAGGAGGAGGCCGGGCGGCCCAAGAGUCACCGCUACUGGCCCAAGUUGGGCUCCAAGCACAACUCGGCCACGCACGGCAAGUUCAAGGUGACCACCAAGUUCCGCACCGACUCGGGCUGCUACGCCACGACGGGCCUGAAAGUCAAGCACCUGCUGUCGGGCCAGGAGAGGACCGUCUGGCACCUGCAGUACACCGACUGGCCCGAGCAGGGCUGCCCCGAAUACGUCCAGGGCUUCCUCUCCUACCUGGAGGAGAUCCAGUCGGUGAGGAGGCACACCAACUCCAUGCUGGACACCUCCAAGAGCCUCAACCCCCCCGUGGUGGUGCACUGCAGCGCGGGGGUGGGCCGCACCGGCGUGGUCAUCCUCACGGAGUUGAUGAUCAGCUGCCUGGAGCACAACGAGCCCGUGGAGAUCCCGACCAUGCUGUCGGGCCUGCGGCGGCAGCGGAUGCUGAUGGUCCAGACCGUCUCGCAGUACAAGUUCGUCUACCAGGUCCUCAUCCAGUUCCUCAAGAACUCCCGGCUCAUCUGAAGUGUCUGCGGACGACAAGCCCUCGCCCACAUUUGGAUUUUUUUUUUUUUUUUUUUUUUUCAACCGCUAAUACAUACCCGUACAUUUCCUCAAAUAGCGGCCAGUCCAAAAAAAAAAAAAAGGGCAAAUGAAAUGAAAUGAUUUGACACCAAGUUUCCACAAGAUGGCGCCAAAGCCCAGUCUAAUCUAAAAGUUUUGCUUUGGCGCCAUCUUGGUCCCAGGUAACCAUUUUGAAGUGCGGUGAAGAAUUUCAGCCCCUUCCCGGAGAAAAGUAGUGCUUUGCUGCCACCUUGUGGCAUCUUUCGUAACCUUUUUUUUUUUUUGGAGGGUGUCAAUGUGGUCCAUUGGAACGCUGCUGCUAACCAAAACAGCAGCACCAACCAUGGCAAGCGCAAAGUUAAAAUGAUGCAAACGUUUGCAACAUAUAAACAGUUGGUCUUGUUUCACGUGACUUUCAAAAUAAAAGCGCGCCAGAAGUUCCUCCGCCGUCUGCCGUUGAGGAAACAAAAAGCCUCCAGGCCGCGAGGUGACGAAAUGCAUUUCACGAGUGUAAUUAACGUUGAUGUCGUAACAAACGCUUUUCUUUUCUUUGAUACAUAUUUAUUUAUCCAUCUCGCCAAGUUUCCGCUUGAAAAUCGCGGCUGGUCUGUACAACGUUUCCGAGCAAAUGCAAGUCGUCACAGGUGUUACGUAACAAGACGUGGAAAAGCUGAAGAAUUUUGUUGACUAUUAUUAUUAUUAUUAUUGUUAUUACCACCAUGGCUCAUCAUCAUGACAAACUGUUGGAUUUAUUUCUCUCUAGCAGUUCCUGUAAGGAUUGGUUUGUUUUUUUGGGCGGGGCUGUACUUUUGAGCAAUCAAGACGGCACCGACUAAAAAGUCCAAAAUGUGCGUUGAAUGACUCGUUGAUUAAAAAAAAAAAAAUGUAAAUAACGUUCAGUUGUGCCUUCGAGGAGAUCUGCGCGCCUGCCCCGCAUCAAAUCCUUUUCGGUCGCUAUUUAUCCUUCAUUUGUGAUAUUUUUUGUUUGUUUGUUCUUGUACAGACGUGUGAAAAUACUUCUACUUUGAUGACUUGGUACUAAAAAAUACCGCAACCUGUUCAACUAUGCAUGCGUUUUUCAAACGAAUCUAUAUUUGAAUGUAUAUACAGCAUAAGCAUAUAAAUAUAUUCUGGUAUGUUUGAGCUUCCGUGUUUUAUUGUACUCGUUUGUCACGUUUGUUCAUAUUUAAUCCCCGUUUCUUCGUCUACUUCUACUCUGCGUGUGUUUGUGUAAAUAUGUUUUAUAUCUGUUUUCACUGCAUUCUCCUCCUCCUUGUACUUGCUUGUAAUGCAAUAAAACCGUAUUUUCUCUA